AUGGCCCAGCUGCGGAGGCCGCUGCCGCGUCCCGGAGCUCCCUCUCCCAGCGCGCUGCUAAGAAAGAAAGAAAAUGGCGGCCGGCGGGACCGGAUCACAUUCUUGCGCGACCAUCGUGCCGUGCAGGGGGCGGGGACACCGGCGGGGAGAUCUCGCGAGGCUGGGAGAAGGGGGCGGGGCGGGAGGAAUCAGGAGCCGGGGGAGGGGCGGGAGCGUCGGGCAAGCGCGGAAGUUCUCGCGAGACCUGUAGAUGACGCCAGGGGCGGGGGCGGGGAUGGCGUUCGGGCCCCGCCUCCGCUCUCUUUCGUCGCUGCGGGCGGCAGGGCGCCCGCCCCCUCGGCAAGCAGGCUGGGUUUAAAAGGAGGAGCUGGUGGAACUGAUGGACAAGGAGGUACCUACCGGUACACCUUUCAUGGUGAUCCUCAUGCCACGUUUGCAGCAUUUUUCGGUGGUUCCAGUCCUUUUGAAGUCUUCUUUGGUAGGAGAAUGGCUAGUAGUAGAGAUGCUGAUGAAAUGGAAGUAGAUGGAGAUCCUUUUAGUGCCUUUGGUUUCAGCAUGAACGGGUAUCCCAGGGAGAGGAACUCAGUGGGUUCGUCCCGACCCAGACAGGACCCCCCAGUUAUCCAUGAACUUAAAGUAUCACUUGAAGAAAUCUAUAGUGGUUGUACCAAACGGAUGAAGAUUUCUCGAAAAAGGCUGAACCCUGAUGGGAGAAGUGUUCGAACAGAGGACAAAAUUCUCACUAUUGAAAUAAAAAAAGGAUGGAAAGAAGGAACAAAAAUCACUUUUCCAAGGGAAGGAGAUGAAAUGCCUAAUAGUAUUCCAGCAGAUAUUGUUUUUGUCAUUAAAGAUAAAGAGCAUACACAAUUUAAGAGGGAUGGAUCAAAUAUUCUCUAUCCUGUCCGAAUCAGUUUACGGGAGGCCUUGUGUGGCUGUUCCAUCAAUGUCCCCACAAUGGAAGGAAGAACCAUCCCUAUGUCGAUAAAUGAAGUUGUGAAGCCUGGGAUGAGGAGAAGAAUUAUAGGCUACGGACUGCCCUUUCCAAAAAACCCUGACCAACGGGGCGACCUGCUCAUAGAAUUCGAAGUGAACUUCCCGGACAGCCUGUCUUCAGCAUCCAAAGAAGUCCUUCGGAAGCAUCUUCCAGCCUCCUAGGAUGGUGCAGCACCGACUUGGGUGACCAGGCUCCUGGCACGGCACUGAAUAGACGUACCAUAGACAAAGUGGGGUGAAUGCCUCGAGGGUUCAGUGGGAUGUGCAUGAAUAGAGAGGGGCAAAUAAAGGGCAAAAGGGCAUUUGCAGUUCACUAUGGAGAGGAAAACCAAUUACUGUAUUUUAUUUUCUUCUUAUCCAGAAAUUUCAUUCACAAUUUUGCAUAUGUGUAAAAUUUGGUUGUUUUGUGAAGCCAGUGUACAUUUUGCUUAAUAAAGUACUCUAGUAUGCAAGUACUUUAUUUCUUAUAUCUAUAUCUGUAUCUAUAUCUGUCUAUUCACAUCAUCAGUAGGAGAUGCUGCCAUUUAUACUGGAGAGCGGAAUUCAUAGAUGAAAUGACAUGGAACAUGCAUCUUGGACAUUUUCAAGAUGGAGAAACUAGGGUUAAACUUGCUUCCAUUGUCAUGCUCUAGGGCUGGUACCCUGACAGAGAAAUCGCUUAGUAGAUGGAUUUCUUGACUUUGGUUUUCAAAAUGUGAAUGGGUGUCAAGCUGUUUUUCCACCUGUGGAAACCCUAAUUGCCUGAACUACUGCCUCUUGACAUAUGUUGGGCUUAUGACAUUAUAGACUCAUCAAGCACUGGCAUAGAUUUAUUUUAAAAUGAAUAUGCUCUUUGAGGCUCUUGUUGAGCCUGUUUUUCAACUAUGUACACAAUCAUAUACUGUAUGAGUCAAUUUCAGUAGUUCCCAAAAAGGAACAAAUAAUAACUCCUCUAGUGUUGCAAACAAAAUACAGGGAAAAACAAUCACUGCUGCUUACAAUCGUGUCGCUACCAUCUAAUAUGUGCAUGCAUGUAAGAUAUUUUGUUUCCAUAUGUACAGUAUUGUAUUUCUCAUGUUUUUAAUUUAACAAUUGUAAACUUAUUUUUAACUUUCUUUGCUUUUGUUACCAUAGUGAGAAUGAUCUUUUGAAACAGUGUGUUCAGUAAAAUUACCUGAUCCCUGAGUCUAGAUUUAUUCUGCAUGCAUAUUUGUAGUACUUUGUUAAAACUUCAGUUAUGCCAGGUAUAUAGAAUCCCAUCACAAUUUUAACAUCAUAAUAAUGAUGAAAUGUUUUAUUUCAGAAAUGAGAUCUUCAGUAGUUUAUACUUCUGUUAUAAAGUCGAAAGCUUAUAAAAUAGUGAAGAAUUAAAUUAUUCCUGCUUAUCAUUCCAUUUCCUCAUCCAUAAAAGAUGCCUCUGUAGCCUUGCUUCUCAAACUGAAGUUAGUAGCCUUUUCAGAGGCCACAGAACUUGCAGGGAGGCACGGUGACACAGCUCAGUCCCAAAUUUCUUCCUCUUUCCUUGGUCCAUCCCUUUACCGUCCUCUUCUUCACCCAUUCCAACCAUUGAUCCACUUAAUAUCUUCUGUGCCACGAUUACAUCGGAUUGUUACCAAGCCUUUUAAAAAAUUGGGUGACGAUAAAGGAACUCUUCAAAAUAGGUACCAACCGUUUGGGGGUAAGAGGGUCAUGGAAUAAAAAGAAAAUGAUUGUUUUAUGGCCAUUGAAGUUGUGUGGACUUUAAAAGGAAAAGGCCCAUCAUGCACAUUUCCUACAAGGCUUCACAUCCCAGCAUCAUAGAUUUAAUAUUUAUUAGUCAGUGAGUGAAUCUAGAGGUGAAAUUGGAUGUUUUUUUCACCAGUCAGAAGAGCAGUUCUCUUUAGUGCAUUAGACUCUCCCAUUUCUAGGAUGAAUACUAAGGGACCAUCCGUGCUAGCAUGGUUGUGAAGAAAAUACUUUGUAAAGCUUCAGAAUUUGCUCUUUAAAGCUCAGCUGUGAGAGGGAGCCAUCUCAAGACAGUCUGUUUCUCUUGAAUAGAAGAAAUGCAGUGGUGAGCACACUUUGACCUAAGAAAAGCCAUAAAUGGUAACUAUUGGAGAUAGUUUAUAUAUAGCCUUUUUUGGAGACAAGGGAUAGAGCUUGUUUUUAGUUUAUUUAUAGGAGAGAAUUGCCUUAACUAUGGAUGAAGGAAAUGUAAUAAGGAAAUGGAACUGUACUUGUGUCUUUAGUAAAUUGUUUACAAUUACUGAUGUAGAUCUUUAUAACCAAAGGAUUAUAACUUCCUCACUGAAUAGAAUACUUCAAAAUUGAGAUCCAUUAAAUUUAGCAGUAAAAAGCUUAUCUGAGGUAUAAUAAUCUCAGAUAUAACACUAAGUAUGUGUCUUGCUAAUUUCAAAUUGUAUCAUACAUUAUUUCAGAAGCUUAGGUUUUAUAGAUUUAAAUAUAAUUUUGAUGUUCAUUGCACAUUAGCUAUAAUUAUUAAAGUGAAGGUUAGAGUAAAAUAAAUGUCAAUUUCAUUGUUGUUUGCAAUAGCUUAAUAACUACUUACCCUAUGGCCCAUCACUAUUUUACUAUAUAGGCUACACACUUAGCAUGGUCAUUUAAAACAGUGUGUAAACUCUAAACUAAUAAAACUUCUAAAAUAUGUAUUGCAAGACCAAAGUGGGCUCAAUUUUAUUUUUAGAAAAUAGUAAUACUUCUUUAUGUCAUGUAUUUGUGCUUUUGUUGGAUUGGGCUCCCAACAGUCUUUAUCUUGGAGAGUUUUCUGAGCCUCAGUAAGAUUAACAUAGCAAGUCAAUGUCAGAGUGGAUUUGAACUCAGGUUUUCCUGACUCCAAAUCUAGCAUAUAUAUCUGUAAGACUUCACUCAUUAGCAACAAAGUAGCAUAUAAGAAUUUAACUUAGUAAUUUUGUGGCUUUUUAAUAAAAAAUGCUGUUGCCUAUUAAGAGAGCCAUAAAAUCGAUAAAAUAAUGCUUAUGUAGUAUGAAUAUUUAUUAGAAUUCUAUGAUAGUUUUAUUCCAAAGAACUCAGAGGAUAUGUACAAACUUGAAAUGAGAUGAUUCCUAAGUUAAAAUUAAAGCCAAGAGGCUCUUCAUGGAACAAUAAUAAAGCUGAAUAAAACGAGA